CUUGUUAGUUAGUCGUUGUUCUCCAUCGCCCUUUCUCCAGUAGAUCGCCACACGACGUGCGCAAUUCGCGACUCCCAGUCGCUCACUUCGCUCAUCCGACUUCGCUCGCGCUUCAUUCAUUCAUUCCCGCGGGCACUAGCUGGUCUUUAGUCGGUCCAACGAUCACCCUCGAAUAUACUCAACGGCUUCCCCGUAUUCAUGUCGAUCAAUUAAAUUAAAGCAAUGCCGGCGAAAUCGCGAUUCACAAGGCUAGAUGCCUUUGCUAAAACGGUCGAGGAUGCGCGCGUCCGUACCACGUCCGGUGGUAUCAUCACCAUAGCCUCGUUGCUGGUCAUCUUUUGGCUUGUGUGGGGUGAAUGGCUGGACUACAGGCGUGUAGUGGUUCUACCAGAGCUGGUGGUCGAUAAAUCAAGAGGCGAGAAGAUGGAGAUCCACCUCAACAUGACCUUCCCUCGGCUUCCCUGCGAGCUCUUGACCCUGGAUGUUAUGGAUGUCUCCGGUGAGCAGCAGACCGGUGUCGUCCACGGUAUCAACAAGGUGCGCCUUACUUCUGCUGCAGAAGGAGGCAAGGUUAUCGACGUCAAGGCCUUGGAGCUUCACUCUCAGGAUGAGAGCGCCAAGCAUCUCGACCCUGAAUACUGCGGUGAGUGUUACGGUGCGCCUGCUCCCGCCGGUGCCAGCAAGCCAGGCUGCUGCAACACUUGCGAUGAAGUCCGGGAGGCCUACGCACAGCAGCAAUGGGCAUUUGGCAGGGGUGAAAACGUUGAGCAGUGCGACCGUGAGGGCUAUGCGCAGCGCAUUGAUGCACAGCGCCGGGAGGGCUGCCGUCUUGAGGGAGUCCUCCGUGUGAACAAGGUUGUCGGUAACUUCCAUAUCGCACCCGGCCGUAGUUUCACCAGCGGAAACAUGCAUGUGCACGACCUUGCAACUUUCUUUGAAACCGACCUGGCAGACUUUGAGAAGCACACCAUGACUCACGAAAUUCACCAGCUGCGGUUUGGACCUCAGCUUCCCGACGAGCUGUCCGAUCGCUGGCAAUGGACGGAUCACCACCACACCAAUCCUCUGGACAACACCAAGCAGGAGACCAAUGAGCCCGGCUACAACUUCAUGUACUUUGUCAAGGUGGUGUCGACCUCAUACCUUCCCUUGGGCUGGGAUCCACUAUUCUCUUCCUCCAUUCACACUGCCUAUGACCAGGCCCCUCUUGGCUCCCAUGGCAUCGCCUACGGAGCGGAGGGCAGCAUUGAGACGCACCAGUAUUCUGUGACCUCCCAUAAGCGCUCCCUGAUGGGCGGAGACGCCUCUGAUGAGGGCCACAAGGAGCGUCUGCACGCCGCCAACGGCAUCCCGGGCGUGUUCUUUAACUACGACAUCUCUCCCAUGAAGGUCAUCAAUCGGGAAGCUCAACCCAAGACCUUCACCGGCUUCUUGACAGGAGUGUGCGCCAUCAUCGGAGGUACCCUUACUGUCGCCGCAGCCGUUGACCGUGGUCUCUACGAGGGCGUCAGCAGAAUCAAGAAGCUCCACUCAAACUAAACCCCUCCACUACCCAGAUCAUAGAGAACCAAAGAGGGGACCUCAGGAUCAGACAAAACUCUCAGAAACCAAAAAAUAGCACAAAGAAUGAAAGAAAAAACAAAGACAAAGGAAUAACCAGCAAAGGCAAACAGAAGAGCCUGUGUCGUAUGGAGUACAGGGGACGAAAGAAGGAACUCCGGAAGUUCAGGCGUUUUUUUCUUGGGACUCAUUGAUACACCUUUAUAUUUGUAUGGUUUUGCUUAUAACAUAUGUUAGGUAGGUAUGUGCAGAUCUAUCGCAUUGGGACUUUUGGAUCUUGAUUUUAGAUAAUGCCACUAGCUACUUGGCUAUCA